AAAUCUAAAGCCUUAAAUGUCAAGGUCUCGUAAGGUAUAAAUGUGAAGUGUGACUAUCUACCUUAUGCUAUUUGUUUUUUAAUCGUUGAACCUGUUUUUUUUCUGCAAUCAUUAUCCAAUGGCGUGUGUUUGACGCUUGUGGUCUAUUGCAUGUGCAGUGUAAUCCGUAGUUCGUGCAACACGUGUUUGAAUUUUUCAUUUGAACAUUUUUCUCAUUAAAACUGAUUUUUAAAUUUUAAAUAUGGCUGUUGAUCGUCGUUCUAUAAUUAUUAAUCUCUAUGACAUAAAUGCAUUGAAAUUUGGCACAUUUCAAUUAAAAUCAGGUGAAUUAUCCAAGUAUUAUUUGGAUUUAAGAGUGAUUGUAUCGUACCCAAAAAUACUAAAACAAGUUUGUACUCUCGUGUCAACCACCAUUCUCCAAGAUGAUGCUAACUCUAAAAAUCAAGUGCGUUUAUGUGGUGUACCUUACACAGCUUUACCUAUAGCUACUGUAGUAUCUAUAGAUACAAAUUUACCAAUGUUAAUUCGCAGAAAAGAACAGAAAACAUAUGGCACAAAAAAACUGAUUGAUGGUGAAUAUUCUUGUGGUGAUGAUGUAAUUGUCAUUGAAGAUGUUAUUACAAGUGGUGCUAGUAUUUUAGAAACUGUAAUUGAUUUGGAGAAAAGCAAUUUAAAUGUAUCAAAUGUUAUUGUUUUAGUAGAUAGGCAACAAGGAGGCAUGCAACGUUUAAGUGAGAGAGGACUAAAGAUCAAAAGUUUAUUCAACAUUACCGAAAUUGUAACAAUACUUAAGGAAGCAGGAAAAUUAAGUGAUGAUGUAUAUGAAAGUGUUAUAGAUUAUGUUAUAAAUAAUCAAAUUCAACCUACAAAAGAAUGUGAAAAAUCAUUGAGAACAAAACUGGGGUUUAAAGAAAGAGCUAAAUUAUUAGAAACUUCUAAAAUAGCUCAGAAAAUCUUUAACAUAAGUUUAGAAAAGAAAAGUAACUUAUGUGUUGCACUUGAUGUUGAUACUGCUGAUAAACUUUUAGAUAUUGCUGAAAAAGUAGCACCACAUAUUUGUAUUUUAAAAACUCAUAUUGACGCCAUUAAUGGUGUCACGGAUGCUACUAUUAAUGAUUUACAACUCUUAGCCAAACAGUACAAUUUCCUUAUAAUGGAAGAUAGAAAAAUGGCAGACAUUGGUAAUACCGUUAAAUUGCAAUACAAAAAAAUAGUUCAUUGGGCAGAUCUAGUAACCAUACAUAGUGUUUCUGGUGGAAUGAUGUUAAAAGGCAUUCAAGAAGUGAUUAAUGAAAACUCAGACUCAUUAGAUAGCCGGGGUGUGUUUAUUGUUGCAGAAUUAAGUUGCAAUGGAAAUUUAAUAUCAGAACAAUAUAUCAAAGAGACUGUGAAGAUAGCUGAAGAAUAUAAAGAUAUUGUGGCUGGUCUAGUGUGCCAGUCGCAUGAUGUUGUUCCAUCACCAAGCCUACUUCAACUUACACCUGGUGUUAAUAUUAAAAAUGCUAAAGAUAAUCUUGGUCAACAAUAUCAAAGUCCUAGUGAUAUUAUUUUAACCAAAGGAGCUGAUAUUGCAGUAGUUGGUAGAGGAAUUUAUCAAGAUGACAAUCCUGCUGAAGCGGCUAAAGUAUACAAAGAAUCGUUGUGGAAUACUUAUUUGGAACGUGUAUCGAAUUCUUGAUUACGCUAUAAUAAUAAAUAUGCCAACCAUAGAUACCAUUAAUUUUUGGUUUAUUUUUCAUAAAUGUAUACAGCUAUUUUUGCUACCCAUAUUUUUACUAUUCUAUUCUAUGUAUUAAUUUGUAUUGUUCAAUAACUUCAUUGUUAGCUACUAAAUGUUGAUGAUAACUAUUAAUAUGCAAAUGUUUGUUCAUUGAAUACAUAAUAAUAUUUUACAAA